GAAUGGAAUCAAAAUCAGAACAAAACGAGUGGAGCUCCGGCGUGUGGGCUCACUUAACCGCCGUACGGCAACAAUCGCCGCUUGUUCAGUGCAUCACCAACUUCGUCUCGAUGGAUCUCGUUGCCAACACGCUUUUAUCCGCCGGUGCAUCUCCAGCGAUGGUCCAUUCCGUCGUUGAGAUUCCUGAUUUCACUCCUCAUAUUCACGCGCUCUGCGUCAACGUCGGAACACUUACACCUGACUGGCUUCCGUCAAUGAAAGCUGCCGCUGAACUCGCUUCUCAGCUCCGAAAGCCUUGGGUUCUUGAUCCCGCCGCCGUGAGUUGCUCCGGAUUCCGAUUAAAAGCGUGUUUGGAGCUCAUCGAGCUAAAACCUACUGUAAUCAAAGGAAACGGUUCUGAGAUUAUUGCUCUCUCCUCUGCUUCACGUGGACAAACUAAGGGUGCUGAUAGCUCACAUGAAUCAACAGACGCUAUAGAAGCUGCAAAGUCAUUAGCGAUGUCAAGUGGUGCUGUUGUUGCAGUGUCAGGAGCUGUUGAUAUUGUUACUGAUGGGAAACAGGUUAUUGGUGUUCACAACGGGACGAAGAUGAUGCAACAGAUUACUGCAACUGGUUGUUCUCUAGCUGGUUUGAUUGUAGCGUUUCUUGCUAUUGAUUCAUCACGGGUACUGGAAGCUACGGUUUCCGCUAUGGCUGUCUUUGGCAUUGCAGGUGAGUUGGGUGAAGCGAUGGCGAAUGGUCCAGCGUCAUUGAGAAUGCAUUUGAUAGAUUGUCUUUAUGGGUUGGAUGAAACCACAGUGCUUAAACGUGUGAAUGUGACCAGGUUGGGUUGAUGUACAUGAAUCAUCUUCUUUGAAUAAAGUUUCUUAAGAUAUC